GCGCGCUGGUUAUACGAACGCCAUUUGGUCGAGCUAUCUAGAAUCUAAGUCACACAUAGCCCAAGGGUAAUAGACCUCUCUCAAGGAAUUCAUCAUCUAAUUGCAAUAUGUGGUGGCAGGACAUGAAUGGAUCGGCUUGCGUUCUUCAGCAGGAUGAUCAUGACGGUCAACAAGCGACAGGGAUUUUGCAUAAUUUCAUCAUGAAAGUGCGACGAAAAGCUAGGAAAGUACCCUUCUUCCUUCUACUGAUGGUGAUGACUUCUUUUUUCCACGCUGGACAUUGUGUUUGGUCGUUCAACCCCAUGCCUCUUCAAGUCUACUUACUGAGCGUUAAAAAUCCCAAAGAUGUGAUUUGCGGCUACCAGGACCUGAGUCCCUCUCAGAGAAAGAUAUGCGAAGACCAUGAAGAUCAAGUAACCAGCGUCGGUGAAGGCGUWAAGAUGGCUAUUGCUGAAUGCCAACACCAGUUUCAAUACAGACGAUGGAAUUGUUCCGUUCCUAAACAUGACGGCCGAAGGUUACUAAUACGUAUCACAAACCAAGAUACACGAGAGGCAGCCUUUACAUACGCUAUCACAUCAGCGGCAGUGGUYUGGGCACUAGCGCGAGCCUGUGCCGAGGGRAACUUCUCCAAGGAUGAAUGCUCCUGUAGUCGUGAAAGAAGACCAGACAGUUUAAAAGAGGACUACAUGUGGGGUGGCUGUGGUGACAACAUWAUUGURGGCACUAAYUUCAGCAAAAGGUUUUUGGACGAAGAGGAGAAUGACAAUUUGCAAAAAGCUGAUAGACAAGGCAACCAACAAGUCAUCAAGGACCGYGCUUUAAUGAAUUCCCAUAAUAACGAAGUUGGCAGAUUGAUCGUCGCAAAGCUGUCGGUUAUCGAGUGUAAAUGUCAUGGUGUUUCGGGGUCCUGUAACCUUAAGACUUGCUGGAGACAGCUAAGUGAAUUUCGUGAAAUUGGAAACAAACUGCAYGACAAAUACGACGCGGCUGUCUCGGUUUAUUCAGGAAGAGAAGAUGGRCUUUUAAAACUUUUCAGAAAGAAAGUAACUCGUUCAUACAUAAAACGGGACAUAAUGGCAAAACCUGGACCRGACGAAAUGGUUUACUUAAAACCUUCACCAAACUUCUGCUAUAGAAAUGACAGAUUGGGAAUCUACGGKCCAAAAGGUAGAAAAUGUAUCAAGGGAUCUCCUGGAACUGAUGGAUGUAACAUACUCUGCUGCGAUAGAGGUUACACUUCGAAAUGGGUUACCGUCGAGAAACGCUGCAAGUGCAAGUUCAAAUGGUGUUGCAAAGUAACUUGUAAAAAGUGCCUCUCUCGAGUUAUGGAACAUACGUGUAAUUAAUGAUUGGGACGUCAGCUAUUACACUCAUUUCUAUGGUGGAAAAAGUGGGAAAGCUUAAAUGACUAAGAAAGAUGCGAGACGGCAUCUAUCAAAGACACCAUAUGUUUGACUAGAUUGACAACAAGGACCCUGCGGUGGCUACACCUCACUAGUCGCKCACUGUCGUCAAUUAAACUACCCUUAGUUAAAUUUUUCAAUACUUCAUUCAUCAUCAGCUUCCAUUCUUGAGUUUUCUCGGUUUKCUAUAUUGUAUGUUUAGAGCGCGUUUGAAAAAGGGGGAUAUUUAUUUUGUACAAAAAAAGUCUUGUUACUUGUGACGUAUCAAGUGGUAGAUAGUGCACGCACUCAACCCGUGAAAAAGUAAUGCUAAAAGUAAGAAGUACUAUUUGUUUCACGGAUGAACUACUUGCACUCUCUUAGAGUGGACUCAUUAAACCUGUGAAACAAAAGAUGACUAGUAAAGUGGUAGUCAAAUAGGCAAAUAAGAAAGCAAUGCAAUUAGAGCGUACUAAGGUGUAUUAGUAUAUCUAUUUCACGGGUUUUGUGACUUCACUCUACACUAUUCAGUAUUGACUGAUAUAGCAGAUAUGAUAGCGAUUACGUAGUUGUAAAUAGAUAGAGUCGCUUUGAUUAGCAUCUUUACUGGUCAAGCAAUCAGUUUUUUCUAAAUAGGCUCCUAUACUAUACUAAAUACUAUUAUAUUGCGUGUAAGACAAAUGGCUGUUGAAUUUAUUGUGAAGAAAUAACAUUUUUUAAUCGUUUACCUUUUUUACGAAGAACAAUGUUUUAACCUGUAUGCAAAUAUUAAUAUUAUAAUUAUACGGUUGAAGCAAAGCAAAUAAAUUAUGUAGGAAGUA